AAGAAUUCAAAAUCUCGAUGAAAUAGGACAGUGUCGUUAGAGACUAGUCCGUCCAUUUGGUGUGUCACAGAGGGAAAGAAGGGGGAUUGCAGAGACGCUGAGCACUUGGUGUGGAGAUCAAAUCAAGAAAUGGAUGAGCAAACUGACCAAGAUUUCAAUCUUUUAUCUGAAGAGAAUUCUGACUUUGAUAUUCUGUUAUCUCCUGCAAGUGGAAAAAGUGAUGAUGAUGAUGAAGAAGUUUUUCUUGGACCAGUUCGACAUGUGGAAAAAUGUGUCGCGGUUGGAAUUGAAUUAAAUUGCAAGGAAGAGAAAUAUUCAAAGGCCACAGAGACUGAGAAUUGGAGUCCUUUGAACACAGACCAGUUCUUUGAAGUUUCCAAAGAAGCCAACUUAUUAGCACAACACCUUGAAAACCAGAUGGAGGGAAAGUCUAAGAAAAUGGGAAAUCAAAUGACGCACAAUAAAAUGGUGGAACAAUUUAUUGAGGAAUCUAAAUUAAAACUAACCCUUCUAAAGGGUAUAAGCAGCCCCAGUUGUGCAAGAAGAGAAACUUUUGUAGUUCAAGAUAGCCCAUUGAGGUUACUUCCACCUGCAAUCCAGAAACGUCUGCAGGUUAAUUCCUUAGAUGCUCAACCUAGCUUUCUGUUAAAACCAUCAAUGAAAACUACCAUCCUGGCAACCAACUCUUCAAUGCAGCCCCAACAGAACUGUGGAAAUUCAUCAUUCGUCAAUAAUGAUGUGCCUUGUACUGAGAACAACACUUUAAAAGAAGAUCCAUCAGUUGAACAAUCAAAAUAUGCACCAACAAAAUAUAUUGCAUCAGAAAAGCCUAAGUCAGGAACUAGUUUGAGACUCUGCAGAAUGAAACAAUUGAACAAUACUUUAGUCAAUCUCCAAGAUGCUGCUGCUAAUACUUCCAGCACAAGUGAUUCUCCUCCCCAUUCUCAUGCUUUUGGCUGUAAGGAUGAAUCGUUGGCCCUACACCAGGUCAGCGAACCAAAUGUUUCUGGGUUUAAAGCUUCAGGUUCCAUGACAAAACAUAGUACUGGUUCUGCAGCAAGGACUCUCAACCAUACAUCAUCCUCUACGUCCUGUCUCCAUUCUCGUCUUCACAAUUCCAGUAGUGGUGGUAGAGCAGUGUCCCUAACCAUGCGCCCAAAUGCAUCAAAACUACAAACCUUGAAAAACAGCAGCAGAAUUGCCAGCCCAAAGAUCAAGUCGUCUAGUUCUACAUGUACAAUUGAUGCCCCAAGAACAGCACUAAAACCAGCAAAUACUUGUAAACUAACUGCUUCUGGAAUGAUGAGUCGGAAAGGAACAGGAUUGCAGAGUCUUCCCAAUAAAAGCUUACAAAGAAUUAGCUCAACUGAUAUGAAUGUUGAUAAAGUCAAGUCAAACCAAAUAGUAAAUGCAUUGGGGAGGGAUCGGUGCCCAAAGACCAAAGCUUCUGUUGUUAAUAGCCAAGCUGUGAAAAGAUCCAGUGCACCUUCACCUGGAACAACAAGGCCAAAAAUAAUACAACCAAAGAAGCUGUUGUCCUGCAGUGCAGUUGAAUGUGGUAUAGAGGCUCGUACUCCAAACAGUCCACCUACUCGAGGAAUGCUGCAAACACCUACCGUUACAAACAAGCUGGCAUCAGUAACAUCUGCAACAAAACGUUUAUCUGCUUUACCCACCCCAUUAAAUCGUCGUAGGUCAGGUAUUCCAACAUUCACUCCACGAACACAACCAAGACCUGCAUCAUCUCUCAAAGUUACAACGACACGAAACCGUAGUAUGUCAGCGAGUGAGACUAUUCUAGUAAGGGAACAGAUAUUGAGAAAGCCAGAGGGUCUUUGCUCAUCUGAGUCUUCUGAAGAGGAUCUGUCUCCAUCCCGGGUUCCUUGUGUUCUAGAUUUCUCUCCUGAUAAAUCACAAGAAGCUUUAAAGCACAUAUCUGAGCCUCAAAGCAAGGAGAAUUUCACUGUUGAAGGUACAAAAAAUAAGCAAAUUCAAGACCGUCCACUUAUUGAUCUCUCAAAUACUCCUGAAAUAAACAGAGUUGCACCAAUGAAGGCUCCUGAGCUGCUUAUAGAUUUCAACUCUCCGCUGAUUAUGUUGAGCCCUGCCAAUAAGGAAAAUGUGAAUAUGGACUCUCCUUUACUGAAGUUUUAAAGGUGUUUUUUAAUAGUUUAUAGCUACAUCUCUACACUGUCAUAAGAUUGCUUUAAUCUUGUUCAAGCUGUUUUGUUCUUAUUGUUUAUUUACUUUGAGUAUAAGCCUACACUUUCCUAGUUUCUCUAAAGUCCAUGGAUGAACUGAAAUAAUGUCUGACAUUUGUUCUUCUGGAUUACUAAAAAAUGUCUUUGGACCACAGUUAAUAUUAAAAUGUAAAUGCCAUCAUUAAAGUCAUGUUUUCCUGGUAGAUUUACUUUGAUUUAUUUUAAUAACUGAAAGGCUAAUUAAAUGAAUAAAGAGGAAACAUUUGAAAUGUCAAUGCGUAAUCUUUUCAGAAUUACUUGAUGCCCCUUCCC